AUGAACCCUCCCCAGAUCCCUCCUCCAGCGCCCUGCCCGCAAGUUCCGGGUCCCCAGCCCAGGACGGGCGUGACCGAGUCGCCAGGCCUAGACUCCCGAGGCUUCCUCUUUGGCCCCUCCCUGGCCCAGGAGCUUGGACUGGGCUGUGUGCUCAUCCGAAAGCGGGGGAAGCUGCCAGGCCCCACUGUGUGGGCCUCCUAUGCCCUGGAGUACGGGAAGGCUGAGCUGGAGAUCCAGAAAGAUGCCCUGGAGCCAGGACAGAGGGUGGUCGUCGUGGAUGAUCUGCUGGCCACUGGUGGAACCAUGCAUGCCGCCUGUGAGCUCCUGGGCCGCCUGCAGGCCGAGGUCCUAGAGUGUGUGAGCCUGGUGGAGCUGACCUCGCUUAAGGGCAGGGAGAAGCUGGCUCCUGUACCCUUCUUCUCUCUCCUGCAGUAUGAGUGACUACAGGGCCUCCCAGCCCAACAUUCUGCAGCUGGAACCCAGGGACAUUUCAGCCCUGGGCAACUGCAGUGACCUCUGCAGUUACCAGGGGCACCAGCUGCCCGCAGGGAACACAUCCCUUGCUUGGGUUCAGCACCUCUCCUGGGGCUGGAAGUGCCAAAGCCUGGGGCAAAGCUGUGCUUCAGCCACCCUGGGCCCAAUUACACAUAGGGAGAACGCAGUAAACAGCUUUGCCA